AUGGUUAAAGUCUAUUGUACUGUAUGCCAUAAACGAUGUAAAGGUGAUGUAUUGAAGAUUGAACAACAAUUUAUCCACUACAAAUGCUUUCAAUGUAUAAAAUGUCGAAAAAACUUGAAACAAGGUGGUUUCUUUGUUAAAGACAAGAAAUUCUACUGUCCAAAUGAUUAUCAAUCAGAAUUCGGUGUACGAUGUGAAACAUGUCAUGGUUAUGUGGAAGGUGAAGUGGUAACAGUGCUGGGGAAGACAUUUCAUACACAUUGCUUCCGAUGUACAACAUGCAGACGUUUAUUCAAUUCAGGUGAACGAACAACAAUACUUGAUGGAUUAUAUUAUUGUAUGCCGUGUUCUACAAAUCUAACCAAUGGUGGCAGUUUAGCCCACAAGAGUAAUACUAUUGGACGAGAGGGAGCAAGUGGGGCUAGCGUUGUCGCUGCUUCUGUUACUCCUGGUACAAAUGCUACAAAUGGUAUUGAUUCAGGAGCUAAAAACAACAUCAACAACAACAACAGAUCCUCCUCUUCUUCAUCUAGAUCACCAUCACCAGGUCUCACAUCGUCACCAUCUAAGGGCAGUCGUUUCAACCCGCUAUCUUUAUUAUCAUCUAGUCGUCAUUCGCAUACAAUGCCGUCGAUAAAAACGUCUACAUCAUCACCUUCACAUAAUAUAAAUAACAACAAUAAUAAUAGUAAUACUAUUGACAAUCAUUAUUCGCCUUAUUCACAUCAAAAACAAUCGAAACGUUUUAUGUCUAAUAAUGAUAAUAACAAUAAUAAUAAUAAUCUUAAGUCAUUUACAUCUCUUAAUGAUCAGUUAAGUGUACAAAUUCAUGAAAAUGGUGGUUCAAUUCCUGACAGUGAAUACAAUAAGCGGAAAUUAGAAGUACAAGGAAUUGAACCGGUUACAAUAGAUACCUUGUUAUCUACUACUCCAGGUCAGACAAUAUCACCGAAUUCAUUUACACCAUCAACAACAUGUGAACGACGUAUAUGUCCUCCAGGUGUAGACUAUGGUCGACAUUAUCCAAUCUCUUAUCUUCAAUUAGCAGAACAAGGAUUUACAGCAAUUAUGAGUAAUGAUGAAUUAAAUCCGAAUAUGAAUGAAAAUGUUGCCGGUGGUCAUCGAUCUAGGUCGUUAGCAAGAUCAUUUUUCAGUCCUAUGCAUUCAGCUUCAUCAACAGGAUCAAGUCAUCAUACGCAUCCGCAUCAGCAGCAGCAACAUGUAUCACGACGUGAUGUUGUUGUCCGAUCGAUGACUAGUAAUUCUAUACCUUAUCGAAGAUCAAAUGAUCUUGACUCUAAGAAACAAAUGUUAAAUGAUGGCAGUCCAAAUCGUUAUAACAACAGUAAUAUACCGCUAGCUACUACAGCUACGACAAUGACAUCGAUAUCUCAUGAUUCUAAUAUGCCUAUUUCAUUAACUGGUCGACCAAAACGUGAUAUGUACGUACGUCAAAGACAGCUAUCACCAGGGUCAACAUCUCUUGGUUCUGGUGUUAUGGGAUAUCGUCGAUCGGAGCGAAUGAAUUCAUCUACUAUGCCACCAGGAAUGGAGAAUUUACGUCAAUCUACAGGUCGGUAUUCGUGUCGAUCUACUCCCAACGUGACAGGAAAACGUGGAAUGACUCAGCUAGCGGAAUCUCUUGUCCGACCACGAGUUGAUCGUACAGCUAGUCCACCAUCGGCAGCUCUUUAUUGGUCUGAAGCAAGACGUCUGGCUUCAUAUCCAAAUGCACGUAUACCUGAUUCAAAUAGUUUACCAGCUAUAGAACGUUAUGAUUUUCCAGCUCCACCUUCCCCAGCUGUUGUUAUGAUUGAUAAACGUCGUGAAAAACGUAUGACAGGUGUACAGUCAGUUGGAUUAGAUAGUCGAGAUGGUACACUAAGAAAUGGUACAAUGACAUCUGUUGACACUGAUUGGACUGAUCGUGAUCCUGCAGUAAAUGCUAAAUUAGAUCGUAUUGAUGCUGAAAUUGAAACAUUGAAACGGUUGGGUGAAAGUUCUGGUAUUACAGCGGCGUUAAUUCAAGAAUUGGAAGCAAGUAAAUCACAAAUUCAUGAAGUUGACUUGGAUCCAAUAUCAGCAUCACGAUCACCGAAUGCAAAUGUUGAACCCGGGUAUAAAACACGAUACAAACGACAUGGAUAUACAUCUCCUUCACGUGAUACCAGAAGAGAUCGUCGAGGUGGUCAUAGUCUUUCUUAUCGAUUAGAAUAUUCUAGUACAGGUGGUCGUUCUGGCACUAUACCAAGUUUUCCUUCAAGAUACGAUCACGAUUAUCCAAUGAGACAGCAUGGUCAAUACAUGCGAUCAACCUAUUCAGCUCCUCGACCUGGUUAUACCUCUAGUAUAUUAUAUGGACGAGCAGUUAGCCUGCCUAGACCAUUUAUGGGUGUUGAAAAUGGUGAUGGAAUCUUAGAUCAUACUAGUACAAUAUCUGGACAUAUACAUACAGGCGGUAGUAGUUCAGGUGUCCGAGGAUCUGCAUCCACAACACUGAGAACAGCACAAUCUGGGCAUAGUUUUCAUCCAGGCACCGGUGGUGUCGGUGUUAGUCAUUCUGCAUACUCAGGUGAUGUACUCAAUUGUCCUGAUCGUACAAUUACUGUCCCGGAAUCGCUUAAUACAAAUUUCAGUGGAACUGAAUCACGUACAAUCGGUUUACAAGAUGGAAUAGGUUCAGUGACAACAUCAGGAUUAUCAAUGGAUGGCCUUAUUGCUGAAUCCGGUGAUGAUAUUACCUUGACUAGUCCACAUAAUGGUUAUUUCAUGAAAUCAGGUACUUUAGCUGGUCUUCCAUGUUCUGUCACAGGUUUACGACCAGUUGGUCUCCCUUCAUAUCAUCAUUAUUCUCAUCAUGCGAAAAGUUAUUCAACUAGUCGACGUGGACGAACCAGUACUCCAGUGCCAACCGGUGGUAGUGGCGAUCUGAUGGACAUUGAUGCUUAUCCAUCUGUACAAAGUUGGCUAAGACCGACAGCGUCGUCUGUAUCAAGACAUGAAAAGUCUUUCAAGAUAUAUCCUUAUGAGGUAUUAAAAGCUUCUUCAAAUCAAUCAUUGAAAGGAGUGGAUAGAACACAAUUAGAGUGUCAUCUAUCAGUCGAUGAAUUUGAACAAUUAUUUAAAAUGUCACCUCAAGCUUUUCAACGUCUACCUGAAUGGAAGAGAAAUGAUUUGAAAAAGAAAUUAGAUCUUUUAUAA